GUCACUCGUUUGCUUGUGACGCGUCAGAGGGCAUCCAAACAAGGUUCCUAGAAGUGGAGGUCAGCUGGGAGGAAAAAGCAUGGCAGCUCUAGUCAGGAAGUCUUACGGUGCUCUGCACAGCUCUAUCAGCAGACAUGCACGCUUUGCAGUGGUUUUUAGGUCAAUGGCCUCCAAAACCCCAGUUGGUUUUGUUGGACUUGGCAAUAUGGGAAAUCCAAUGGCUAAAAAUCUUCUGAAGCAUGGCUAUCCUGUUGUUGCAUAUGAUAUCUUCCCAGAGGCCUGCAAGGAGUUCCAGAAUUCUGGUGCCCAGAUAGUAGAUUCACCCGGUGAUGUAGCAGAAAAAGCUGACAGAAUUAUUACCAUGCUGCCCUCAAGUGCAAAUGCUGUAGAAGCCUAUAAUGGAUCUAAUGGAAUUUUGAAGAAAGUGAAGAAAGGCUCCUUGCUGAUUGAUUCAAGUACUAUUGACCCUGCGGUAUCUAAGGAAUUGGCAAAAUCUGUGGAGAAAAUGGGAGCAGUGUUUAUGGAUGCACCUGUGUCUGGGGGUGUUGGAGCUGCCCGGUCUGGAAACCUCACCUUUAUGGUUGGUGGAGUGGAGCAGGAGUUUCAUGCUGCACAAGAGUUAUUGUCAUGCAUGGGAGCUAAUGUCAUCUAUUGUGGAGAAGUUGGAACAGGGCAGGCUGCCAAGAUUUGCAACAACAUGCUGUUGGCAAUUAGCAUGGUUGGGACAGCAGAAACCAUGAAUCUUGGGAUACGAUUAGGGCUUGACCCAAAGCUCUUGGCCAAAAUCCUGAAUAUGAGCUCUGGUCGCUGCUGGUCAAGUGAUACCUAUAACCCUGUACCAGGUGUGAUGGAAGGUGUACCCUCUGCCAAUAAUUACCAAGGAGGAUUUGGGACAACUCUAAUGGCAAAGGAUCUAGGGUUAGCUCAGGACUCUGCUACCAACACCAAGACCCCAACACCUCUAGGAUCUCUCUCACAUCAGAUCUACAGAAUAAUGUGUGCCAGGGGCUAUGCCAAGAAAGACUUCUCCUCUGUCUUCCAGUUUUUACGUGAAGAAGAGAAUUUGUGAAUGAAUAUCACGGAUAAAGAAAUUGGAUAUACAAUACUAUUUUUUUUAAUCCCUCCUCUUAGUUUAACUAAUACAGGGUAAAUUUAUAAGUCUGCUAGAACUGGUCACAUUAUACAAACACUGUGUUAUUACUUUUGAUUUUUUUAUGCACCAGUUACUAAGAUUAAAUAAAAAUGUGAAUUUGAUUUCAAUGGACACUAACUGAUGACAAAGGGACAUAAAACCUAUUUUUUUCUUUCAUGAUUCAGAUAGUGCUUGUGAUUUUAAAUAACUUUCCAAUUUACUUAUAUUAUCUAAUGGAUUUCCUUUGUUGAAAAAGAUACCUAGGAAGACUCAGUAGCGGCUGAUUGGUAGCUGCACAUAUACGCCUCAUGUUAUUGGCUCACCCAAUGCAUUCAGCUAGUUCCCAGUAGUGCAUUACUACUUCUUCAACAAAGGAUAUCAAGAGAAUGAAGCAAAUUUAGAUAAAAAAUAAAUUGGAAUUUUGUUUAAAAUUGUAUUAUCUAUAUAAAUCAUGAAAGAAACAUUUUGGGGUUCAUAUCCCUUUAAAUUGGGAUCUGUAUACAAUACUUUAGAUUUUACUAACUUCCAAUGUUUUUCAGUAUUUUAAUAAUAAAUGGUUUAUGGAAGUACCAAUGGAAAGCAAAACAUAUGGGGCUGAAGUCAGUGCUUAUUAACGCACUCAUCAGACCUGUUCUAAUCUCCUUUCAUUAAUGAUAUUUGUGGUCAAGUGAGUUUUUUUUCCUUAAACUAUUAAAGGGACAGUGUCUUUGUAAUCUAAUAUUUUAAAUGAACCAGCAAAAUAACAACCUUUGCAUAAUAUAAUCUGGAUGUUAGAAGCUGCAGAAACAUGUUAAAGUGGGAUCAAAAGCUAAGGGGAUUUUAUAAAUUGCAUAUUCUAUAUGGCCUUACACAGUCAAAUGCUGGUUUCCUUUUAGUUGGUAUAGCAUUGCCUACAUAUAUUAUACAAGCAUUGAAAAAGUGAUAUGGCAUAAACUGUGUAUUAUGGAAACUCUUCUGUAAGCUGUGACUGAAUGAUUUAGUGGUGGAUUAAUAAUGUUUGUUAGAAGCGGGAACAUAUACCUGUUAUGUGUUUUAACAAUGAGCAGUUGGUAUCAAAAUAAACUUGACUGUCUUAAGGCUAAAGUUGAACUCCUUUUAUGAACUAUCCCAGUGCAGUGUUUCUUGAUAGUGAAGUAAGAUAUCCAUGGUUAUUCUGUACCAAGACUACUUACUAUGUGUGACACUCCAAUAAAAUAAUGUGACUUAA